AUGAUUGAAGUUACUACAUUCCAGGCGAAGUUCUUUAUCCAUAGUCCAUUCAAACAAUCUAACAGAGCUAUUGAUAGCAGCAACAAGUUUUCCAUUGAGAAUACGAAGAGCGAGUGGACUUCCGCGGCACACCAAAUCAUGAACACGCCUCAGUUUCGAUCUCUCAACUUCGUCAACUUCGAAUACAACAAUUCUACCGAACUUUGUGUCCGUCUCCUCUGGAUAGAUCAAACCGGUUCCAACAAUGUAAUAGACCUUCGAAUCAUUUGUGAAUUGUCCCGAGAUGCAACUAAAAAUCAUAUAUGUUUUACGAAUAUUGUUAGAGAAACUACCUGA